CCGCGUGACACUUAUCCGUAAUAUGUGAUUUCGCAGACUCUUAUGUGGCUGCGGUUCUUCGCUCACAUUCUGGUGGCGUUGUUAAUCAGCGUGUUGUACUAUGACAUCGGAAACGACGGCGCCAAAGUACUUAGCAAUCUGGGAUUCCUGUUUUUCAACAUGCUGUUUCUCAUGUACACUUCCAUGACAAUCACCAUUUUAUCCUUCCCGUUGGAACUGCCUGUACUUUUAAAGGAGAACUUCAACAGAUGGUACUCUUUGAAGUCGUAUUACCUUGCAAUAACCCUCUCGGACAUACCAUUUCAGACGAUAUUUUGCUUAAUGUACCUUUCCAUCGUGUACUUUCUCACGAGUCAACCGGCGGACAUUACGCGGUUCUUCAUGUUCUUGGGGACUUGUCUAAUGAUCUCUUUCGUCGCGCAAUCGGUGGGCCUCGUCGUCGGUGCCGCGAUGAACGUACAGAACGGCGUGUUUCUAGCGCCGGUGAUGUCUGUGCCGUUCCUGCUCUUCUCAGGGUUCUUCGUUAGCUUCGACGCGAUCCCGAUCUACCUACGAUGGAUCACCUAUCUCAGCUACAUCAGAUACGGUUUCGAAGGAACUGCUUUAACCGUUUACGGCUUCGGUCGGGAAAAGCUCAAGUGUUCCCAGGUGUACUGUCACUUUAAGGAUCCGGAGACGACUUUGGAGGAGCUCGACAUGCUCAACGCCGACUUCAUCCUCGACAUCCUCGCUCUCCUGCUGAUAUUCGUCGUACUACGAAUCGCCGCGUAUCUUUUCCUCCGUUGGAAAAUCAAGAACGUACGGUAAAUCGUCCGUGGCGAUGUGUAUUUUCAAGUGCAGAAUUCAGUUAGAUAAUUGCGUAUGGACGUGGCAGCAUGGGUAUUGUGUUCUCCCGAUAAAAUUGUUGAGGUAGCGACAGACGCAUGUAUGUAUGUUUAAUCGGUAAUCUCGUAUGAUACUUAUAAAACGACGGAGAUUCGAGUUACGACGUAUCUGCAGCGGCAACGGAAUAAGGGAAACUUGUGCAAACAGUGGAUUUUCGUGGCAUUUCUUGACGAGCACCCUCGCGAACGAUCAUAAACAUCCUCUGUCGAAGGGACAUCUCGUACGUCUCGAAUGUACCGCAAAGUAUGACUUACUCUCCUUCGUGUUUAGGGUUGCUGAGUUUAGCUGGUAGGAAUAACAUUAAUGUAACUUAUUUAUCUUUAGUUUAGCAACACACACACGCACACGCAUACACACAUCAUGCGCAAACACACACACACGUACACAUAUAACGACGGCUGGUAGUUACAAUUGUAACGUAUUUGUUCAGGGUACUUUUCUUUAUAUUAUGUAUAUCUUCUUUCCUAUUAUACGUCAGUAACAUCCUCCAAUUAGAACGCAAUACGCGCGUCUACCUUGGAUCUAUCGUCGACUAAGUCGGAAUGUACGCAAUUAUCGCGCGACAUAAGAGCGAAGCGAAAGCUUCGAUCGUGAUCUUUAAGAGACCGAAGGGCUUUUUCUAUCGAUCACUCACGAUCGUGUCUACCUUCGUGGACGAAUACGAGGCCUUAAUUGAUGAUAUGUUUUUUACAAGUUGACCACUCUAAUCUAUCCACCAAUGGCUGUGAGCUUAAUGAUGCAAAAAAAAAACGAAGGAUUAGAUAAAACAAAUGCGAACGCUCGUGCGCUUCGUACAAAGAUAACUCGAAGUCCAGAUUCGCGAGCGCACGAGUCUAUCUUGCCAGAUUAAUUAUACAUUGAAGACCAAUGUUGCUAAAACAGUUUACGGAGAAGGGCGUAACCUGAUAGAUAAUAUCGAAACGAGCGUUUACGCGUUCCCGCAAGAGCUUACGAUUAUUACGGAUGAAUUACCUUUGCGUGCGUUGUCAUGUACUUGUGUCACUUUUUAUGUGCGUGAACCGAGAUGUGAGCGCUGCAUUUUCUCAUUAACAGAAGGAUCUAAAUGAUCACUUUGAUACAGCCAUGUAUUUUGUCGAGGCUUUGAAUCAUGGAACGAACCAACAAGAACAAAUUAUUAAAUUAAUACGUUAUUUAUGAACAAUCAUCUUUCACAUACGCGGAAAAGAGUAUUGUUCAAAACGAGCGUAAACUUCCAAUCUCCUUAAUUAAUAAGUCAUUAAAUAUAACAGAGCAUAUAGAAUUUUAAAAGAAUUUACUAGAAUUUUAAAAGAUAUGAGUAAUGGGAAAACGAUACUUUAAAGUAAUCUUACAUAAGAAUUUGGCGGUCAUCUUCACGAUUCGCCAAAGCUGACUGGUUUUCGGCGUAAACCAUAAUGUUGCUUAAAUACCUUUUUCUUUUUUUUUUAAUGAAGAAUUUCGAUUUUUCAUUACCACAAAUUUUAAUUACCAAUCGCGCUAGUACAAUUAUGGCGUUCAAACGAAUGAGGACAACAAUUACGAUAUCGUACAUGUGUGUUUAUACUUAAAUAAAACGUAAAAUGAAGGAUAAAUUGACUGCAUAAUCGGUUGCUAAUAGAUAUACUUUUGUAAAACAUGAAAUGCAUCGAGAUGCAUGUACCUGUACUGGUUUGACAUAAUCGUUGCUAUAGUUUAUAUAUUGCAUGUGUAUAAUACGAAUAAAAUAUGCUUUUCAUAAUA